AUGGAGUCCUUUAUGGACACCUACGCUGAUUUCCUUCCUCGUCUUUUGUUGUUGUCAAUUUGCAAAAAAAUCGACGUUGGAUGCACCUUGUUCAAGUUUUAUAGGGAUAAGUGUACUCACUUGAGUACUCUGUUGAAGCGUACCCGCCAAGAUCAUGCCCUUUCUAGCGCACAACAACCUUCUUCCAGUGAUGCUGAUUCUACUGCCAAGAUAUCUUUGUUAGAGAGAGAUCUGAGGAAAACUCAGAGGUCCCUAGAGGCCUGCUUGUUGGCCAUUGAGAGAGCAACUAACGCUGCAAAAGUUUCUGAGGAUGGUCGUAAGGCCGCUGAUUCCGCUCUAGCUGCUGAAUCCUCCAAAGCCAUAGAGAUUGGAAGAUUAGAGAAUGUUUGCCAGGUUUUAUCCUCUGAGACUGCUUCACUCCGAAUCGAUGUUGAGGAUCUUCGGACCGAACGUGAUACCCUCGUGGAGGAUCUUGAUUCCGCUGAGGAGCAGCUUGUAGGUGCAAAUGCUAAUAUUAACCGUCUUGAAGGCCAAGUAUCUUCGUUGGAGACAGCUCAUCAAUUUGAUGCUGCUGCAAAGUUUAAGGCUGCGUCACUUCAGGAAGCUAAUGACCAUCUCAGUGCUCAGAUGAUGGAGCUUCGUCAGAAAUCAGCUUCGAAUCUGGAGGUUCAGUCCUCCCAGAUAAAGGUGCAAUUCGAGCGCUCGUCCAUUGACCACAUCAACACUGCCUUUGCGAAGCUGAACUCCAAGCUGACGGGGUCGUCUUUCCUCGUCUUCCUUAUCCUUGAUCCUGAUGUCUCGGCCUUUGUUUAG